UGGUGUCCAAUGGGAAGUGGUCGAACGACUUGAAACAGCACUCUGGCUCAUGCCCGGAAUUUGCCGAACAAGGUGCUGCCAAGCAGCCGCUUGCUUCUGCAGGAUGUUGCCAAUUCGCCAUAUACCUACUAGUUCCGCUAACUCAAGAAACCCAACUUAUCACCGUCGUCGUCUUUCCUCUCAUUCUCGAGGGGCUCACAAGAUGGCCCGCGCGUCCUUAGUCUUACUGCUCCUUUUCUUCGUAAUUCAGGUCUAUGCACAUCCACAUCCAUUGAGCUUCCUCCGCAAAUUGUCCGCAACCUCGCAAGAGGGCGGUUGGUUGUGGGGUUGGGUAUGGGGCGCUGAAAGCUCGGUUUCUGUGGUGGAUCGAUCACCGCCUCUUACCUUCCAUUCAAGGCCUGCGGCUUUUGGCCGGGAACUGCAAGAACCACUCUUAGGUUAUGUCAUUCCAAUGUCUUCAUUCACGACUUCAUGCGCUGGCAACGAUACCUCACUGGAAGACCGACAUUCGAAUUCAGGGUGCCCGAAGCUCUGCAUAAGUGGUCCCCACCAACCGGAUCCAAGCGAGUCUUGGAUCGCCCUGGUGCAGAGAGGCCAUUGCGCCUUCGUUGACAAAGUCAGGGAAGCUCAGAGGCUCGGUGCCAGGGCUGUUGUAGUAGGAGGCGAAGAUCCUGACAUCAACGGUCAACCAGACGCACUCAUAAAUAUGUAUAGUAAAGCCGAUGCUUCUGAUGUCACAAUUGCUUCCACCUACAUCAAAUACUCGGAUUACAAGGAAUUAUCUCUGUUAAUCAAAUCGUCUACGACCUCUCAUGCCGGCUUACAAACGCUUUCACUUUUGAUCACGACUCAAUACUCAGCUUGGGAAUGGUAUUCCCCAAUAUUAACAUUUGUUGUCAUCCUUAUACUCCCCUCCUGUCUCACAUUCGUCACACUUCUCAUCCAUCGCAUUCGCAUGGCUCGUGCAGCACAACGUGAUCGUGCUCCGGAAACUAUAGUCAAAAGUCUUCCUUGGCGGGUCUGGAAUGGUACUGGAUGGGAGAAACAUGAGGGGACUACGGCACAUGGGGCCCAUUCAAGCGGGGCACACGACAGUGAUCUAGAAUCAGGCCCCUCAGAUCAUAGUUCAUCGUCGCCCUCUACAUCUCAUGAAACACUAAACCAUGCGCCGAUACCAUGGUGCGAAUCGCAGGCGGAAUGUGCCAUUUGUUUAUCGGAAUUUGUCAAAGGAGAUCGUGUUCGGGAGCUGCCGUGUCAUCACAUCUUUCAUCUGGAGGAAGUUGAUUCCUGGUUGAUCAACCGGAAAAAAUUGUGUCCUGUUUGCAAAGCAGAUGUCACCCAGCCCUGGCAUCUUUCCCAAGCAAAUAAGCCUCGUGCUGCAUCUGCUAAUGAACAGAGCUCCGAUCCUGAUGCAACAACUUCGCCUGUUGUUACGUCUCCUGUUACGGAGCUGACGCCCCUACUUCAUGACCGUGGCGGAAACACCGGCUCAUGACAUGAAUAAUGACAAACGCGUUGAAAUUAUUUUGUAUGAUAUAUGAUAAGGCGGCGUCUCGGGUUCUCUUCUAGUUCACACUGCGGUUUACCGUGUUUUGCAGUUGUAGUACCAUGUGCUCGUCAAUAAUACCGAUGCUGUUGCUUCCGUGGCUCAUGCACC